AUGACUCCGCAUGAACUUGUUCUUAAAAUAAACAGUCCUGUAAUAUUGCUCAGAAACAUUGAUCCAGCAGAUGGGCUUUGCAAUGGAACGCGUCUUAUAUACAAGUCUUUCAGAAGGAAUGUAAUUGUUUGUUCUAUAGCCACUGGUCAUCGUCGAGGAGAGCUUGUAUUCAUUCAUCGUGUUAAUCUCCGACCUCCAUCAUCAACAAAAUAUCCUAUUCAGUUUGAGCGAAUUCAAUUCCCUCUGAAACUCAGCUUUGCAAUGACUGUAAACAAAUCUCAAGGCCAGACACUAAGCCAAGUGAUAGUUUACCUCCUACAACCAUGCUUUUCCCAUGGACAGCUAUAUGUUGCCUUGUCAAGGGCAAAGAAGUCAGCUAAAGUGACUGUGAUCACACCAUACCCAAAUGAACAACACACUUCACCGGUCCUGAAAAACGUUGUAGCGUAUGAUGUCUUGCAAUUAUCUGGCAUAAAAUGA